CCUUCUCCCCGGUUUGACUUUGCUUCUUUUUUUCGGAAGCAACGAGGCCCGAUCUUUUCUCGGAUGCACACGGCGCCAUGCCGAGAGUGCUGCAGAUGCUGUCCAGUGCGCGGGCAGGGCGUCCCUGUGUGCUGCGGUUUCAGGAGGAGGAGAAGCAAGGGGAAGAUGUGGCUGUCAUGGACUACUCGGACGUGAGCGACUUCUGGUUCGAUUGGGAGAAGUUGGAGCGGGCCGAGGCCCAGGCACGCUCGCGCUCCGCGCCGCCCCGGAGGUCGCAGCCGGCCUCUUGGCAGGCUAGCAGACAGGAGGCCCAGGAGGCCCAGGCCCGGGAGGCGGUGCGCAGGGAGCGGGAGGCCAAGGCGGCCCAGGCCAGGGAGGCCUGGGAGGCGGCCAAGGAGGCGGAGGCCAAGAGAGAGGCUGCAAAGGCAGAAGAAAGGAAAGGCAAGGAGAUCGAGGAGGCGUCUGUGGAUGCCGGACCUCGACGAAAGCGCCGCUCGCGCCGCGAGUCCGGAAGAGGACGCGAGUUGACGGACUCCAGCGAGAGCGAGGAGUUGACUCAGGCCGAGAGCUUCCUGGCGUACCUGGAGCGGAAGCCCCCCAUGCGCCCCAGGUGCGAUGUGGGGUCCGCCUGGGACUUCCCCUUGGCGAAGAGCGAAAAGCGAGAACUGCUGCUGCAGCACAUCGCCCACGGCGAGCAGAUGGCAGAAGAGCAUGCGACCGAGGCGGCGGCGGAGCUGGUGCGGGCGCGGAGGGAGGAGCGCCGCUCGCGGCAGUCCUUCGAAUCCGCCAAGGCGGCGCUCACGAGGAUGCGGAAGAAGGGCCGGCGCCGCAGCUUGGGCCCGUUCACCUGAAGGCCAUGUUGCCCUGAACGCCGAAUCGGAUCGCGAUGCACAUUUUAGAUUGUUUUGGAACCCAAACCGAAUCGCAGACG